GCCUCGUGAGAAGUGUCCGCUAAGAGGCGCUACUGUUCAGUUCCUCUUCAAGCCGGGCGCAGACUCCAUUUUCCUUUCGUUAACGCAUGUACUGCUACACGCGAGGUGAAAAGUGAUAAUUCCAACAUUGAACUCAGAAUUCGUUACGUAAGGAUUAAUUAAAUACUCUUAAAAAAUGGCACAACUUCUGAAUAGAUUAGGACAGCUUGGCGUAGCCAUGGCCCUGUCCGGAGUGGUUGUUAAUUCAGCCCUUUACAAUGUGGAUGGUGGUCAUAGGGCUGUUAUAUUCGAUAGAUUCACUGGUAUAAAGAAUCAUGUUGUAGGGGAAGGAACACAUUUCUACGUUCCCUGGGUACAGAAACCUAUCAUAUUUGAUAUUCGAUCUAGGCCAAGAAAUGUUCCUGUUAUAACUGGAAGCAAAGAUCUGCAAAACGUAAAUAUUACACUUCGUAUCCUCUUUAGACCAAUAGCAGAUUCCCUACCCAAGAUCUAUACUAUUCUUGGUGUAGACUACGAGGAUAGAGUGUUGCCAUCUAUUACCACUGAGGUAUUGAAGGCAGUAGUUGCACAGUUUGACGCAGGAGAACUGAUCACGCAAAGAGAACUCGUGUCUCAGAAAGUCAAUGAGGACUUGACAGAGAGAGCUGCUCAGUUUGGAAUAAUCUUAGAUGAUAUAUCGCUCACGCAUUUAACUUUUGGAAAAGAGUUUACACAGGCUGUGGAAUUGAAACAAGUAGCCCAGCAGGAAGCGGAGAAGGCUCGUUUCUUAGUAGAAAAGGCAGAACAACAGAAGAAGGCAGCAAUCAUCACAGCAGAGGGUGAUGCACAGGCGGCUAGUUUACUUGCAAACUCCCUCGGCGAAGCCGGUGACGGUUUAGUCGAACUUAGAAGAAUUGAAGCCGCGGAAGAUAUCGCCCAUAAUUUGUCUAGAUCCCGUCAAGUCGCCUAUCUGCCGCCAGGUCAAACUGUUUUGUUGAAUUUGCCGCAGUAAAGAGAUAAAUUGGAAUAAGAAUUGUAUGCUUAAAUUGUGGCAUUUAUAUCGUAACGAAUGCAUUUUGUCCUACAUUGGUGUAUGAGGAAAUAGAUGGUGGGAAAUGAUCUGUGAAAGUGUUGCAUAGUAGGAAUAUACAUAAUUAAUUCAUAGUAUUCGGAUUCCAAUUCAGGAUUUGUAUCAUCCGUACGCAAAUACGUUUCUUCACCUUGUACCUUAUGCAAAUCAUUUUAAACAAUUCUCCCAAUUCCUUUGGACCUAUAGUUUCGUACAGUUACGUAAUAGUUACUUGAUAAGCUGAGGGUUCAUUCAUCUAUUGUCGUCAUCCGAUUGAUUUCGUUUGUUUCGCGAAAAGAGGAGAGCAUUUUCCUUGAUGUUUCUCGAUAUUUCGGUGUUACAGUUUAGUAUCUAUUAAACUAGACGAGUUACUGAUUUAUUAUGUUUCGGCUUUUUACCUCAUCGCAAACAUUCAUUUGAAUCAAGGAACAGUACAAUGGUUGUUCGUUCCAGUUUUAAGUAGUCGGAGCUACGUUUUCACAGGGACCCUAUAAACCUCCAUUGCAACUUACGCAUUUGUAAUGAUAGCAUUGUACACGUUGAUCUAUCACCGAUGCAAUUCGCUUGUAAACGUCUCAGGUACUAAGCAGAGGGAAGCUAAGAAAAAUAAUAUUAUGGACGGAACCACAGAUUCUAAAGAGUUGUUGCGUUGUCAAAGUUAACAACGCAGCACGUUCCUAAUUUACAUAUAACGCUUGAGCUUAAAUUGUCACGUUCGAGCAGGGAGAAUCGAAACGUGUUUGUGGCGUAGUAAUGUAUACAAACACCUAGUGUGUAGUAACUACGAAUGUAAACUAUCCAAUUUAAAUCUUAUUUUUUAAAGUGAAAAGCUCCCGUACAUUUUAUUUAGUUAGUUCACCUAUAAUAUUAACCUAGGCUAACUUCCAAAUUUUUUAUCGUUAUGCAUCGUGAGAGAAAGAGAGUGAGUGAGUGAGAAAGAAGGAGGAAAGAUGUUUCGGGGGUGUGUUGUUCCACCGCGUUGAUCCGUUCGCACGAAUCGGCCGAUGGAUCACGACGAUCAAUCAGCGACUCGAAAUUGGUGAAAGAUUA